AUGGGGGUUCACUUAUACUUCAGCGCUCUUCCCGAAGAUAAAGUUCCUUACGUGAAUUCUAUAGGAGAACGUUAUAGAGUCCGACAGCUUUUGCAACAGCUUCCACCUCACGAUAACGAAGUUAGAUACUGCCACGGUUUGUCGGAAGAAGAAAGAAAAGAAUUGAGAUUGUUUUCGGCACAAAGGAAAAGGGAAGCACUGGGAAGAGGUUCGGCGAGACAAUUGACGUCAAACAUGCCUUGCGAUACGUGCGGAGAAGAAUUAUCCUCUGGAGAUAUGAGCGUGUUCGCAUCAAGAGCCGGACCGAAUACUUGCUGGCAUCCGGGUUGUUUUUCAUGCCACAUUUGCAAGGAACUUUUGGUCGAUUUGAUUUAUUUUUACAAAGAGGGAAAAUUAUAUUGCGGACGUCAUCAUGCGGAAACGUUAAAACCGAGAUGUUCUGCUUGCGACGAGAUAAUCUUAGCCGAUGAAUGUACCGAAGCUGAAGGAAGGGCGUGGCACAUGAAACAUUUUGCUUGUUUAGAAUGCGAUCGACAACUCGGAGGUCAGAGAUACAUAAUGAGAGAAGGACGACCAUAUUGCUUGCAUUGUUUCGAUGCAAUGUUUGCUGAAUAUUGUGAUUCUUGCGGAGAACCAAUCGGAGUCGAUCAGGGACAAAUGAGUCACGAGGGUCAACAUUGGCAUGCGACAGAAUGUUGUUUUUGCUGUCACACUUGUAGAGCUUCACUACUCGGACGUCCGUUUUUACCACGCCGAGGGUCCAUUUUUUGUUCCAUUGCGUGCAGUAAAGGUGAACCACCCACUCCGUCUGAUAGUUCUGGUCCGAGAUCUUUAAGGGCGAGACCAAAAGCUCAUCCGCCAUCGGAAGCCGGUUCCGUUACUCCACCGGCUUCGCCGUGCAUAAAUAGAAAAAAUAUGGAUUCGCCGACGACUUCAUCUGCUCCUUCGUCACCCUUGGGACAAACGCAGGGCGGAAAAUAUUUUAGAAAUAUCGGGGGUUCACAAUUAGGAAUUCCAUCUGUGGGUUUGCACGUAUUUCAACCGAAUCAACAACAACAACAGCAACAAUCCUUGCCGAACAUGUCACCAACGUUAAGAUCACCCAAAAUGGGACGACGCGUUUUACAAUCUAGAUCUCCGAAGCAAUCACGAAAGCUAUCUCAAGAAAAUGACAAAUCCUACACUCCUCCUCCGCCACCAUUACCGACGACUUUUCCUCCUUCGACCGAUCCACCAAAUCAAAAAGAUCAUGAUGAAGAAGAAUCGUCGGUUAAAUCAACCCCUCAUUUACCUCCUCCACCUCCACCUCCGCCUCCUCCGGGCAUACCAUCGGUCAACAUAAACUCAUCUCCGAGCAAAGGACUCGAUAGAGUGUUGUUAGAAAGAAAUUUAGAAAGAUUACUCGUUGAACAAAGUGGUAACAUAGUCAGUCCCGAAUUGGAAAAGUUAAUAAAUUCGCAGGAUCGGUGUCGGGAACCAUUAGAUUUAAGACAAUUAAAUUUAAGUCUGGACGAUUGGCAACCUAACACAGUACAAAACAACGGAAUCGAUACACCGGAUCACGUGUCUUCGGCACCGGAUUUAAACGCUCUCGAAUCGAAUUCCGCACGGAAACCGAGAGACAAAGGACAAUUAUCCGUUCGAUUCGAAAGCGAAGGAGGAACUUGCGAGGAUUACGCGAGAAGAAAUACGAGAACGAAAAAUUAUCCGAACCGUUCGAAACGUCACGGAGAAACGAGCGGAGUCAAAGGGAAAAAAUCAAUGAUGACUCCUCCGGAAAAUACCGUUCCUAUCGAUUUUUCUUCCAGAGAUGACGACGAUAGUUAUUGUUCGACUUGUUCGAGUUCGAGUAGCGACGAUGAUGACGUUUACGAACUUCCUCCGAGGCGAGCUUACGGCGGCGUUCGAAUUUCUUACGUUCCAAACGAUGCGUUGGCUGUUGCGAGACGUCAUCAAGCGAACGCCCGUUCACCGACCAAAUCAAAUUCUCAACCUGAUAAAAAUUGUAUCAUUUCUUGA